UCCACGAGCCGACAGCCGAGCGAACACGGACGGCAGUAAUAUUUGCGGUAUUUUGUUUUACAGGUUUUGUUUUACAGGCUUGACAAUGAUAGAACGUAAAGACGACGAAGGGAACUUAUAUACGUUUAAUGAGGAGGAUUUGCCAUACGAAGAAGAAAUACUACGAAAUCCGUAUUCAGUAAAACAUUGGCAACGUUACAUUGAUCAUCUGAAAAACACAAAAAGUAAAAAUUUGAACAUGGUAUAUGAACGGGCAUUGAAAGAGCUACCAGGCAGUUAUAAGUUAUGGUAUAAUUACCUUCGACAACGAGUGGACCAGUUGAAAGGUCGAUGUAUAACGGAUCCGUUAUACGAAGAUGUCAACAAUGCCUACGAACGGGCUUUGGUAUUUAUGCAUAAAAUGCCACGAUUAUGGAUGGAUUACUGUACACUAAUGACAGAACAAUGUUAUAUAACUCGAACGCGUCAAGUGUUUGAUCGCUCUCUUAGAGCACUACCUAUUACACAACAUCAUCGCAUAUGGCCAUUGUAUAUUGAAUUUUUGAAAAAACACAAUGUCUAUGAAACUGCUGUCAGAGUAUUUAGAAGAUAUCUAAAGUUGGCACCGGAAGAUACAGAAGAAUAUAUAGAAUAUUUGAUAUCAAUUGGAAGACUUGAUGAGGCUGCUGUGAAAUUAGCACAAAUUGUCAAUCAAGAUGAUUUUGUGUCUAAACAUGGAAAGUCGAAUCAUCAAUUAUGGAAUGAAUUGUGCGAUUUAAUAUCGAAAAAUCCUUCCAAAAUAAAAUCCUUAAAUGUAGAUGCUAUUAUCAGAGGUGGUUUAAAACGUUACACCGAUCAGUUGGGACCUUUAUGGAAUUCCCUGGCUGAUUAUUAUGUUCGAAGUGGUCUUUUUGAAAGGGCAAGAGAUAUAUAUGAGGAAGCUAUACAAACUGUUACUACUGUCAGAGAUUUCACACAAGUUUUUGAUGCUUAUGCGCAAUUUGAAGAGCUUAGUCUUAAAAAGCUCAUAGAAGAAUCAGCAACUAAUCCUACUGAAGAAGACGAUAUAAAAUUGGAAUUGAGACUAGCGCGAUUGGAACACCUAAUGGAAAGGAGACUAUUGUUACUGAACUCUGUAUUAUUGCGACAAAAUCCGCACAAUGUAGCAGAAUGGCAUAAAAGAGUGAAACUUUAUGAAGGACAACCACAUGAGAUAAUUAAUACAUACACAGAAGCAGUGCAAACUGUGCAGCCACAAUUGGCAGUUGGUAAAUUGCACACACUGUGGGUCGCAUUUGGCAAGUUUUAUGAAGAAAAUGGGCAGAUAGAAGAUGCUAGAGUGGUGUUUGAAAAAGCAACUCAUGUACCGUACACCAAAGUAGAUGAUCUCGCUUCAGUGUGGUGCGAGUGGGCAGAAAUGGAGAUUAGACAUGGAAAUUGCAAGGAAGCUCUAAAACUAAUGCAUCGUGCCACUACAAUGCCAGCUAGAAAAGUAGCGUAUUAUGAUGAAACGGAAACAGUCCAAAUGAGAUUGUAUAAGUCUCUAAAAGUAUGGUCUAUGUAUGCGGACUUGGAAGAAAGCUUUGGAACAUUUAAAACUUGUAAAGCUGUAUACGACAAAAUAAUUGACUUGAAAAUUGCCACUCCUCAAAUUAUUAUAAAUUAUGGCUUAUUCCUGGAAGAAAACAACUAUUUCGAAGAAGCAUUCAGGGCAUAUGAAAAAGGCAUUGCAUUAUUUAAAUGGCCAAACGUUUAUGACAUUUGGAACACAUAUCUUACCAAAUUUUUAAAACGUUACGGCGGCACGAAACUAGAACGUACCAGAGAUCUCUUCGAACAAUGUUUGGAACAUUGCCCACCAAAAUAUGCCAAAGCUUUAUAUUUGUUGUACGCAAAACUAGAAGAAGAACACGGUCUAGCAAGACAUGCUAUGUCUGUGUACGAACGAGCGACAAAUGCUGUUCUCCCGGAAGAGAAAUUUGAUAUGUUUAACAUAUACAUUAAAAAAGCUGCGGAUAUAUAUGGUGUGCCAAAAACUCGACAGAUUUAUGAAAAGGCCAUAGAAGUGCUUAAUGAUGAAAACACCAGAGAAAUGUGUUUGCGGUUUGCAGAAAUGGAGACCAAAUUAGGAGAGGUAGACAGAGCGAGAGCGAUAUAUACACACUGCAGUCAGAUAUGCGAUCCAAGAGUUACAUCGACUUUCUGGCAAAUUUGGAAAGAAUUCGAAAUUAGGCAUGGCAAUGAGGACACAAUGCGCGAGAUGCUUCGCAUAAAACGUAGCGUGCAGGCUAUGUAUAACACUCAAGUGAAUAUGAUGUCUGCACAAAUGUUGAAUAAUGCAACUAAUCAAGUAUCAGAUGUUCCCAUGGACGCUAUGCGUUUAUUGGAUAGUAAAAUUAUAUCGAAUACAGACACUCCAACCGAACCUAAGAGAGGUAUUACAAGAGAUCCUAACAAUCUCACUGGUAUUAAAUUCGUACGUGGAGGAGUAGAAAAAGAUGGCAAACCAGAAUCUGUAAAUAAUCCAGACGAAAUUAACAUUAAUAUAGAUGACGAUACUGAAAAUGACGAUACUGAAGCUGAAAUUGAAGAAGAUAUAGAUAUCGAAAAACAAGCUAUACCACUUCAAGUAUUUGGCAGUUUAAAAACAAUCGAAGCUGAAGAUGAUGAUUAAUACUUUUAAUUUAUAUGUGACAUACAUUAAAAAUUUAUCAAUUAAACAGUAUAUUUUUACUUA